CCCGCGCUAGUGAGCGCACGCAGGAAGCGGCAGAGUCCGCGCUAUCCCCGCGGCGUGUUGGCGUCGCCUUCCUUCUGCCCUGCCCCUUUCGGCUCACCGAGACCAAAACAAGGCAAUGAGGAGUAGCCGCCUAGGUACUCGGUUCUCGACCGCGGGGCGAGUGCGCGCCGAGGACGACGGAGUUCCCUCACUUCUCCUCCCUCCCCUCCGAGAUCCGGGCCAAUCACCGGAGGCGUCGUAACUGCGCAGCCGCAAGGACGCCCGAGCCGGCAAGGCUGGCUGCGACUCAAGUGCCUCGUAGCACGGAAGCGUGUGUGCGCCCGUCUUUCAGUACUUCAGUUGUAGGAUCUGCGCAGUCGCACCGGAGCCCCGCCCACCUGUCAAUACUCUUACUUCCUGCUCGCUCCCAAUUGCCGAGGCACCGUAGAUCUUACUUGCUAAUUCUUUCACGGCAUCUUCUUAGAGUGAUAAACGAAGACAAGCCGGAGGGUUGGAUGGUGCAAAGCAGCUGUUUUCGUAGCUCAAAGGGCUUUUCAGUACCAAGGAAGAACGAGCAAUCCCCGGCCUCUUUUACUGUGCUUAAACUUCUACCCAGCAACAGAAGCGCCAACCCCGCCCUUCGCCUCCCUUAUUGGUCAUCUUGAAUCGUAGUCUCUUGGUCUGAUUGGUCAUCCGAUAUCGUGCGGCGUUUUUUCCUAUUGGAGAAGUGGCCGGGAAUUUUUUUUUUCCGGGGUUGGUCCGCUGGGGAGGCGGGGUCGUUUCUGCGGGAUUACUUUUCUGGACUUGUUUCUGAUUGGGUGGUGUGACGCAAUGCGCGCGCCCUAUUAGAUGCUAAACUGCUGGCUGGCCGGGUCUUUUCCUGUCGGUGCACUGUCCCUUAAAACUAACAAGCUGGAGGAGACUUCCGGGCUUGGGCCACUGCAGUCGUGCAGUUGUUGGGCUUGCGAGUGCAUACAGCCUCUUCUGCCUCGCCUGCGGACUGGAGGCUCAGGCUUCAUUCACUUCGGUCCCCCAGUUAACAGCAGAGACUUCGACAAAUGCUUGUGGAAUAAAGACAAAUAAAAAGCUUGAGAAGGAGAGAAGCCUUAAUAACUUGUUUCAGUUGCUCCCGCCUACUCCAUCUUCUUCCAGGUCAGGGGGUGUGCCUCAGAGAAAGAAGGAAACGAAUUUUGCGGGCAGUCACACACUUCGGAUGUUUGUUUAGUUGGGCCUUUGAAUCUUCCUAGAGUCUGUCUAUACUCAACGCCAGGAUCUCUUCUUUUGGAAAUCAUUUGGUCUAUGAUUUCACUACCUCCACGUUAUUCCUUUUUUUGCGGAACUUUGGGACACUGAAAACAGGAGGAUCGAUAGGACUGUAGUAAAAACAUCAAAGCUCAAAGCCUCUUCAAGGAGAGUAAUUUUUUGCUUACAAAGUAGACUUCCCAAACUAACAAUUUUGACCCCAACACCACAGCCUCGGUUGAUCUUUCAUUUAACAAUUCUAACAGUCAUGGAGAAGCGCCUGCAGGAGGCUCAGCUGUUCAAGGAGGAAGGGAACCAGCGCUACCGGGAAGGGAAGUACCGAGAUGCUGUGAGUAGGUAUCACCGAGCUCUUCUUCAGCUGCGGGGUCUGGAUCCAAGUCUGCCUUCCCCGAUACCCAAUCUAGGCCCUGAGGGCCCAGCUCUCACGCCGGAGCAAGAAAACACACUGCACACCACUCAGACAGACUGCUACAACAACCUAGCUGCCUGUCUCCUCCAGAUGGAGCCAGUGAACUACGAACGAGUGAGGGAAUAUAGUCAGAAAGUCCUAGAACGACAACCUGAAAAUGCCAAGGCCUUAUAUCGGGCUGGAGUAGCCUUCUUCCAUCUGCAGGAUUAUGACCAGGCUCGGCACUACCUGCUGGCUGCUGUCAACAGGCAACCUAAAGAUGCCAAUGUCCGGCGGUACCUCCAGUUGACACAGUCAGAACUCAGCAGCUACCAUAGGAAAGAGAAGCAGCUGUAUCUGGGCAUGUUCGGUUAAUGAAGAAAAAAGAUGCUUCUCAACUUGAAAUCAAGGGGACCACUAAGGACCCAUCAAGAGAAACCUGAGCCUCGGCAAGAGAAAUUCACCCUUUACCUCUGACCCAGGUGGAUUUCUAUUGUUCCUGUUCUGCACAAGCCCUUUGCUACUUAGACUAUCUGUGUCCUUUAUUGUCUUCCCCCCAGUAUAUUUGUAUGGCUUGCAAUCCAUAUUAUUUGCCUUUAGAAACAGACCAGAAAGCAUUCGUCCACUGUGGGUGGCAUCAACUAUAUGUGUGGCAUAGAUUUAAUGAGAUGUUAUUGGAGGUGUUGAGACACAGGAUUAAGUAGGUAGGACAGGCAGAAAGGAAUUUUUUGCUGUUUCCUCAGAUGCCUUUGUUUUCCCCCAUGGGAAAUAUUGUGUGUGUGUGAAACUAGAUGAAUAUAAAUUGAGCCCAAGUAUAUUUAAGGAUUUGAAAUGAAUUGUUUGGGGCUCAGGAUGUAGCUCAGUGGUAGACUGCUUACCUACCAUGUACAAGGCCCUGG